AUGGAAGCCAUGGCUGGUACUGGUAGUAUGCAGACGUUAGAAGCCAGCGCUAUAGAGUCAACUUCGAUCCACCAAUUGUCUGACGAUCUGCUCGGUCGAAUCUUCAGCUAUGUUGCACCGACGCCACGUGUAGAUUCCUCAGCUCCCCAUCUGCAGCAGCACCCUCGCGGUCAGAGCUCAGGGUUUGUAUUUCGCUACGUCGAAUCAGACCGAGAUCGGCCGCUUUUCAGUCCCUCGAGCAUAGACUCGAAACCCUUAUGGCGGACGGAAUCGAAUCUUCAGGGAAGCUUCAUUCUCGUCUGUCGCCAUUGGCACCGCGUCGCAUGUGCGACUAGAUCGCACGUCGCACUGUCGCAGAAUCGUCGAUUGUGCGCCGGACGUUUUUUGAAAGGUCUCCCUUCAUUUCCGUCGCUGAAAUCGCUCACCCUGCCAGAUGGCAGCGUCUCGUUGGCCAACGAUCAUCUUUUGAAGCAGGUAGCUGCCACGUGCCCAUCCCUCGCUCACUUCCACCUGGGAGACAUGGGCGAGCCGCGAUUGCUUCCCAGCAGGCGCUACGCGACAAAAGGGCCUCGAUGCGAUCCCCGGGUCUCUUUCACUGCUGCAGGGCUGGCGUCUCUUUUUAAUUCCUGCCCGCGGCUCGAGUCUCUGCAGCUGCACUGCCCGCCUAAUCUGACCCUCCUCCCUCCGUCAAUCUGCGAGCUGAAUCGCUUGACGGCGCUAGUGAUCACAGCGUGGGGACUGAAACGCUUUCCUGACGGAUUCUGUCAGCUCUCCGCUCUCGUCCGUCUAUCUAUCCGCGCGGAUUUCCUGAAAAAGCUUCCCACCGGCUUAUCAACGGGCAUGGACGAAAACGGAGGCGAUUCUAUCGAAUCAGACACUUCCAGCUAUUCAGACGAGGACUCAAGUCACAGCGAUUCGAGUCAGAAGAACGAAGAUUCGAAGACGCUUCCGCUCUCCUCCCUCCCGCUUCCGCACGAUCCUCCUCCUCCCCGACGCCCUCUCCCCACCCUCUCCUCCCUCCGCCACCUCUCCCUCUCCCGUCAUUACCUCCGCGCCCUCCCCGCGUCCCUCCCCGCCGCCCUCCCCCUUCUCGAGUCCCUCGAGCUCCGCGAGUCCUAUUAUCUUUCCGCCAUUCCGCUGCGCCUCCCCGCGCGCCUUCCCCGCCUCCGCGCGCUCACUCUCGGCUAUCUCCCCUGCCUUCGAGAUACCCUGCCAACGAUCCUCGCCGCAGGUCCCCCUACCGCCGCAGGAGCCGCAGCCGUUUCUCUCUCUGCGGAGACCGCACCAGCAACUGAAGCCGAUGGAAACCCUGGGGGGGGGUUGAAACGGGGCAACGGGGAGACUUAUAGCGGGCCCGGUAGUAAAGAGGAUGCGGAGGAAAUAGGGGCGGGAUUGGAAUGUCUGGAGUUAUUCAGAUGGGAAAAAGUUACAGAGAUACCAGAUUACACCCUAGCCGCCUUAUCUCCGUCCCUGGUCCACCUCACACUCGCAGAAUUCCCGUCUCUCUCCUCCCUUCCCAACGACCUCUCUCUGAUGGCCAACCUCCGCUCCCUCACUCUCUCCGGCCUCCCACUCCUCUCCUCACUCCCCUCCUCCCUCCACCUCCUCUCCCACUCUCUCCGUGACCUCAGCAUCAUUUCAUGCGAUUCCCUGCGGACCCUUCCCUGCUCCCUCACGCUCCUCUCCUCGCUAUCCUCCCUGCACCUCUGCAGCUGUGCCGCACUCACCACUCUCCCUUCUCCUCCUCUUCCUCCUCCUCCCCCUCCUUCACCACCACUCAAUGAAGCAGCUGCGGAAAGCAGCAGCCCUGUUCAGAAAGCAACAGCAGCCUCUCAGCUCGCCACCGCUGCCACUGCCGCCAGCAGCAGCAGCAGUGGCGGCGGCAGAGGCAAAUCUCCCAUCCCGGUGUUCCUUCCAUCGCUCACGAGCCUGUGUGUUUCCCGCUGCGAUCGCCUGCCGAACCUUCCCCAUGCCUGGCAGUGGCUGUCGUCCCUGCAGCAUCUGAACGUGGACUAUAACGUGCGUAUGGAAGCACUCUUUGAAGGGGAUAGCCCUGUUCAUGACCAGCCACCACCUAGAACUUCUCGCAGCGCUGCUGCUACAGCCGAACCUGCUGCCGUGCCUGACCCAGCAGUGGUAACCGGCACUGCUACAGUAACUGGUACUGCGACUAUAACAUGCGAAGGUGGUUCAACUGGCACGGUUACGAUAAGCGGGACUGUUGUUAUAAGCGGUGUUGCAUCGUUGAUUGGUACUGCCACUAUAAGUGGCACUGCUACUAUAUCCGGUCAUGCUACUAUAUUGAGAGCCGCUGGUGCAAUCGGCACUGCUGAUGUAACCGGGGCUGCAGAUGUAACCGGCACUGCUGCGGUAACUAGCACUGCUGCGGAUGCAGCCACUACGGCUGGGGAAGGUGGUAGCAGCAAUGCUGUGAACAAUGCUGCUGGCGCUAACAGCCAAGCGCCGCUGCGAGCAGCACCACUGGUGGAUGGGGGUCAUAUCAGAGCAAGUGAUCCUGCUGCUGCUGGUGCUGCUCGUGCAGCAGCUGCUGCAGGUGCUGCUGCUGAUGGUGCUGCUGCUGCUGCUGGUGCUGCUGCUGAUGGUGCCGCUGCUGCUGCAGGUGCUGCUGCUGCUGCCGAAAGUGGCUCGCUUAUUACCCCUGCUGAGCCGGCUGCACUAGAGGUGUUGAGUUCGGUGACGUCGUUGCAGAGACUUCACAUUGACUUGUGGCACAACCCCCACAUUAGGGACCUCCCGCCUUCCCUCUUCUCACUCCCCUCUCUGGCCAUCCUCACUCUCUCACACCUUGUCUCCAUCCCAGACUCUCUCUCGCUCCUCGCGCCCUCCCUCACUCACUUACACAUCAACCAUUGCCCGAUGCUGUCCUUCCUCCCCUCCUCACUCUGCCUCCUCUCCUCCCUGGAAUGCCUUCGUAUCGAAGGUUGUGAGUCACUUGUAGCUGUUGUCAAAGAGGUUUCUGGAGAGGAAGGCAAGGAGAAGGAGGAGAAGGAAGAGGGGGUGGGGGAUGGUACGGACGAGGGAAAGGACGAAUGGGAUGAGAGGGUCGAGAGGAAAAUGUGGGACAAGUGGGAGGAGAAGGAGUGGGAUGAGGAGGAUGAGGAGGACGAUGAGGUGGAGGAGGGGAAUGAGACGGAGGAGGGGGAUGUGGAGGGGGAUGAGGAGGGGGAUGAGGAGGGGGAUGGGAAUGAGGGGUUGCCGGCAGCAAAGAAGCAGAGGAUUGAUGCCGGAGAACGCUUACCUGCAACCAUCGGCCUUCUGCCCCGCCUGAACUCCCUCCAUCUCUCACAGCUUGAUAACCUCAGAGCUUUACCAUCGUCUCUUCCGCUCCUAUCCUCCCUUACCUCGCUCAAUCUCUCCUCCUGCGACCGCCUUCCUUCCCUCCCUGCUGCGUUUGGGAACCUCUCCAGUCUCCAUACAUUGAAACUUUUCAAUCUGCCCAGGCUUACCGAGUUGCCAGAAUCUUUCGGGCAGCUGUCGCGCCUAGAGCGAUUAACCCUGCAAUAUUGCGACAUGCUCC